AUGAGUGUUUUCAGAAUUGACAAUUAUGGUGGAAUGUUUAACGACAAAAAAACUACCUUUGUUUUUAAAGAUAAACAUCAAAAUUCACAGAUAAAGAAACUAGAUCAUGUGCAUUCCCAAGAAAAAACCGCUACUUUAAACAUCAAGUUCAAAGGUUCAAAAAAUGUAGACAAAGAUUUGCAGUUACAGUUUCAUAUAGGUUCCAAGAAGAAAAAAGUAAAGAAUGUGCACAAAUUCUACUACGGCAAUCAUAGUCAAGAUGAUGGAAAAGACGCUUUCUUAAUAGAACCUGGUCUCGAAAUGGGAUAUGGAGAACCUUUAACAUAUCACAUCUUUAUGUAUUUCAAAAACAAUGCUCCUGGAGAAGAACCAAAUAUUAAAGCCGAUAAUGAUGUUAAUAAAGCCUUAAAAGAAAUAAUAAAGUCUUCAGACCCUGUAAAAGCAGACGGAAGCUUUAGGUGGGAAAGAACGGAAAAGGCAAUACGUAAUGUCCGCAACAGUCUUUGUGAUUUCCUAAAAGCGUGGAUUAAACCCUCCUCUUCAACUAAAAAUAAAGUUAACAUCGAUUUUUAUAGAGCUGUGCAAUACGUUUUAACAAAUCCUAAUUCAAUCUUUACGCAUACACCUGGUAAAGAGGAUUUAUUUGGACUCGAGCUAGGCAACUUCGAUUUUUCUCCCGACAAAUUUAUGACCAAUGCUCAUUCCAAUAGCAGUGGUCUUAUGCAAAAACUAUUCAAAAAGCACUUCACCGACUUUCGAAAGAAUACAUUCGAAAAAAUUGACAAAGAUGGCGAGAGUGAUGAUUUAGAGUUCUUGAACAGGAUAAAUCUAAAAUUUAAAGAGGCGAUGAAGAAAAACUUCAAAGAGUACCGUGAUGAAAAAAACAUUCAAAGUGAUUUUCAUGAAAAAGCCUACCACAUGGAUGCAAUCAUCCAUCAAGUACAAAGGACUGCAAAUGAAACAGAUGCUAAUGACGCUCUUGAUCUAACAUUUCAUAUUGAUCGUGAAAGUAGCUACUGCACAAAAGGCUGUAAAAAGUUUACUCCAAGAAGACUUAAUGAUAAACAUCAUGGAAAGGAAUAGCUUUGAAUUAAAAAUGAGCAGUAUUGUAUUUGAAUAGUCAAUAAAAUUGUAUUUUUGUUAUUUAUAA